AUGCCAUCGUCUUCCCCUGAUACGAUCGAGGACAUCCUCGCCACAGCUGCCAUCGACCCGGCCUUUUCUGCCGCCCUGCAAUCCAACACUCUGCAGCCCGGGUCAAGCUACACACUGGCGGACAUCAAACAGGGUGCGGCGGCGGGCUAUGCUCCGUUUCAGAAACAGCUCGCUGGCUCUCGACCGUCCGAGAUCACGGAGACAGAGCACAUGAUCAAGCUCCGCGACGACUGGGCAUGCCGCAUCAUCGUGUGCCACUUGACCGCGGACAGCAACAUCCAAGCCACCACCACUAUAGCCACCACGCCACCGCGGCCGCUCAUCCUCCUACUGCACGGCGGCGGCCACACGAUCGGCUACCCGGAGCUGCAGCUGGGGCUGGCGCGGGAGCUGGUGCUCGCGCACGCGGCGGUGGUGGUGUGCGCGUCGUACCGGCUGGCACCGGAGUUCCCCUUCCCGUUUUCGAUCUGCGACGCGUGGGAGGUGCUGCAGUGCUGCGCGCGCGAGAAUCGCAAGUCCAACUCGGCCAUCCUGCCGCGCUGCACCGACGCGCGCGUGGGCUUCAUCGUAGGCGGCGAGAGCGUCGGCGGCGCCACCCUCGCCGCCGCGCUGGCACACCUAGCCCGUGACCACAACCUGCACCCACCCGUGACGGGCCAGCUAUUGAUGGCCGGCACGUACAUCGCCCCGGACCGCGUACCAGCGCCGUAUCAGCAGCGGUACCUCAGCCACGAGCAGAACGCUCACGCCCCGAUCCUGGAUCGUCACCUUCUAGGGCUGCUGAUCGAGGCGUUCAAGCCCGACCCGGCCUCGAAGCUGUGCUAUCCCUUCGACCAGCACGAUCCGCGCGAUAAAAGUGGCAGGGAAGGUCGGGGGUCCGUCAAGCACGGCCACCUGGGCGUGGCACCGGCGUACUUCCAAGUCUGCGGGCUAGAUCCAGUCCGGGACGACGGGCUGAUAUACGAAAAGGUGCUGAGGGAGGAGUGCGACGUGCCGACCAGACUGGAUCUGUAUCGCGGGUGGGCGCAUUGCUGGUGGGCUAUGUUUCCGGACCUGGACAUGUCCAGGCAGAGGAUGCGAGACGCGGUGGAUGGAGUGGGAUGGCUGCUGCAUCUGAACUCGAAUUGA